AGGUGACUGAAUUUGGCAGCGCCGCAUAAAAAGUCAGAACAACGGGUUGCACUUACAGCGCCAAAAUUCAAAAACGCUUGCGAGUCGACCUGAUAUUAUCGGUAAAUGGGGAGUAUUUGAUUCGAUACCGGCUAUGAAUCAAUUGUUUCAGCUGCGAACGAGAGUCCAGCCAAGUGGAAUUGCCUGAAGCGUUACAGUAAUGUGAAGAACACCAUUGAGGUCUUUCGGGUGAUUUGAUGACCAUGAGACGGAGUCCAAGGAGACCCUUGAUUCUCAAAAGAAGAAAGUUGCCUUUUCAGAAUGAUCUGCCACCAGCUGAAUCACAAUCAGAUCCUAACGGAUCAGCUCCCACAGGACAUCCGAAAUCACCUGUCAGUGAGAUAUUCCCUGAAGGGAUUCGGAUCAUGGAUCAUCCAUCCAUGUCUGACAUGCAGGUGGUUGUCAUCCCCAAAACGGUAGACCUUCAAGGUGUUAUCGGAGCACUCACCGCCAAAGGCAAAGACUGUGGUGACCAGGGACCAAAGAAAUUUAUCCUUCUGAGUUCAGCUGAUAACCAGGACAAUGGGACGUUUUGUCAACCAACAUUUGAAGGUGUUUCUUCAAAGACCGCAAAUGAACAGCUGGUGAAAGAAGAAUCUAUGGACAUCCAUGUGGAUCCUCAACCUGUCACUCAGAUUAAACCAUUUAAUGAGGAACUUGUUUGUGGCCCACUGGAGAGAAACCUCACCAAUAUUCACCAUCUGGGUGAAAUGAGCAAAUGUGGCACCAUACAUGAUCCUGCUAAGAAGGCGACAGGCAAGGAGAACCAGAAUGUCAAUACAACACAAAUGGAUGCAGAAAGUCCUGUUAAGCACCUGAAGUCGGAUAGGCCACCAUACUCAUACAUGGCCAUGAUUCAGUUUGCCAUCAACAGCACAAAGUCCAAGAGGAUGACGCUGAAACAGAUUUAUACCUGGAUUCAGGACCACUUCCCCUACUUCAAAGAGGUGGCCAAACCUGGAUGGAAGAAUUCCAUCCGCCAUAACCUCUCUGUGCAUGACAUGUUUAUCCGUGAGGUGUCUUCAAAUGGUAAACUUUCCUACUGGACCAUCAAGCCUGAGGCCAAUCGAUUCCUCACUAUUGGACAAGUGUGUGAGCCCAGUGGUAGUGACCCGUUGUCUGUUCCAGUUCCAGUGCUUUUAUUGUCUCAGCAACAGCAGAAAGGGGCAGUUCCUCGCACAAAUAAAAUCACUUCAGGGAGAAAGAUGAAACCUCUUCUGCCACGGACAAAUUCCUACUUAGUUCCUGUCCAACUCCCCGUUCUCCAGUCUUCUGUCUACCAGCCGCCACCUUACACACAGGUUCUUCCUCCUGACGCCAAGAAGAAAUGCAACACUUCCCGGCGGGUCAAGAAAGUCAGAAUCGCUCCAAAAGUGCCGCAGAAGGACGAGUCGCCUGCGUCUGUGCCUCCCUGUCAGCUUGAAGAGUUUAAGGUGGAGGUGAAGGAGGAACUGGUACUUGUUCCAGUAAGUUCAAAAGAGGAGCCGAUGUGCGCUCCAGUAAAAUGUGAGCAGGAGGACCCGAUAUGUAUAAAAUCCAGGCGUCCUAGAGGCCCCUUAAAAGAAGGUAGCAGCUCCCGACGUAAGCAGUCUUUAGCUCACCAUUUGCACGAGGAGCCUGUCCUCUUAUACACCACUCAUACAUUCACUGACUCCGGUCUCGCGACCAGUGUUUCCACAUUCCAGGACAUGCGUGACGCUGAGCUGGAUGAGACCCAGCACAGUCCCGUCCGACAGAAUUCCUACAAGACCCCAACAAAAAGUAACAGUCAUCUGGCCUCGUCCACUCCCUGCAAGUCUCCCGUGCGUGUGUUUCCUCAGCUUUGCAGAGUGACGCCCGUGGGCAAAGGGAGCCAAAGCGUCCUGGACUUCAGCCCCAUUCGUACACCAACUGGACCUAUCGUCACUCCUCAGUGCCACGACUACACCACUUUCAGCUUGAGCAGCACGCCGUUUAAAGAUUUCCCCUUCUUUAACUCGCCCAGAGAGGUGGUCACAAGCGGUUACUCCAUGGCGGCUGCAACAACGGACUCUCCGAGUGCAGACUGCCUCCAAAGCAGCUGCUCCAGACAGCUGGACAAGGCCGGCGGCAGCAUGUCUACGAACCGCUCACUCACCGAGGGCUUCAUCCUGGACACCAUGAACGACAGCCUCAGCAAGGUCUUGGUGGACAUUAGCUUCUCUGCAAAUGAUGACGACAUAGGCUUAGCUAACAUCAGCUGGUCAGAGUACAUUCCUCCACUAUAACAUAGCUAAGAGGUUAAUGCGCAUUUACAUGACAGGAACAUUUGUUCUUCAAAACACUAUGCACAAGAAAAACCUUCACAUGAACCGAAAAUCAGUUGCAAGCGCAGGAAAAUGUUAAGACGGCAACAAACAUACUUGACACCAAAAACAAAUUGAUAUUGUGGGACUGUAACGU